GUGGCCACGCUGCUCCGGCGCUUCAGCCUGCCCGCAGCCGCGCCGGGGAAGCGCAGCCCUCCGGAGGCCGCGGCCGCCGCCCGCUGCCCGCUGCACGCGGAGCCGCUCAAGCUCUACUGCCAGGACGACGGCUGCGCCAUCUGCGUGGUGUGCGACCGCGCCCGCGAGCACCGCGCGCACGCAGUGCUGCCCCUGGACGAGGCGGUGCAGGAGGCCAAGGAACACUUGGAUUCCAAGUUGAGGGUCUUGAAGAAAGAUCUGGAGGACUAUGAGGUGUUCCGGUCUACGGAAGAGAAGGAAAGCAAGGAGCUACUGAAGCAGAUGGCAGCAGAGAGAGAGAAGAUAGGGGCAGAGUUCCAGACACUGCGGGCCUUCCUGGUGGAACAGGAAGGCCGGCUCCUGGGCCGCCUGGAGGAGUUGUCCCGGGAAGUGACCCAGAAGCAAAAUGAGAAUCUGGCCCAGCUGGGAGGCCAGAUCACUCAGCUCUCCAAGCUCAGCAGCCAGAUCCAGGAAACAGCUCAAAAGCCUGACCUUGACUUCCUCCAGGAAUUCAAGAAUGCACUAAGCAAGUGCAGCAAUGUGCCUGCCCCCAAGCCAACCACAGUUUCCUCUAAGAUGAAGAAUAAAGUCUGGAAUGUUUCUCUCAAGACCUUUGUCUUAAAAGGAUUGCUGAAGAAGUUCAAAGAGGACCUUCAAGGGGAGAUGGAGAAAGAGGAGAAAGUGGAGCUCACCUUGGACCCCAACACCGCCAACCCUCGUCUUAUCCUCUCUUUGGAUCUUAAGAGUGUGCGCCUUGGCCAUCGGGCUCAGGACCUGCCCAGUCACCCUCACCGCUUUGACACCAAUACUCGUGUCCUGGCAUCCUGUGGUUUCUCCUCUGGGCGUCACCACUGGGAGGUAGAAGUGGGCUCCAAGGACGGCUGGGCUUUUGGUGUGGCCCGUGAGAGUGUGCGCCGCAAGGGUCUCACGCCCUUCACCCCAGAGGAAGGUGUCUGGGCGCUGCAGCUCAACAACGGGCAGUACUGGGCGGUCACCAGCCCUGAGCGGACACCCCUCAGCUGUGGGCACCUGUCACGUGUGCGGGUGGCCCUGGACCUGGAGGUGGGGGCUGUGUCCUUCUAUGCUGUGGAGGACAUGCGCCACCUCUAUACCUUCCGAGUCAACUUCCAGGAGCGUGUGUUGCCCCUUUUCUCAGUCUGCUCCACUGGUACCUACUUGCGGAUCUGGCCUUGAAGGAGGAGAGCCUCCAGGGAGGAGCGUGCAUCAGUUGUGUGUGAACUCUUCUCCUCCUACUCUCAGUCUUGGGCCUGCCCGCCCCACUCCUGCUCCAGGCUGCCCUACAGAGCACAACAUGGGAAACAUGGAGAGUUGAUUGAUGGAGGUAAAGGCUCUAUGAUCAACUUAGUAGGGGAAGAGACGCCUUGGACUUUAGGGGCAGUUUUCCUCUCUAUUGCUGGACGUGUAAAUGUGGCCUUGAUUUUGAAGAUGUGGCUGAAGACAAAAUCCUUUGUUGGCAUGGGUGCUUCUUGUUACAUGAAACUUCCUGCUUGAUUUAUUUUAUUUUAUUUUUUGUGGAACCGGGGAUUGAACUUAGGCCCUUAAACUUGCCAGACAAGCUGCUAUUCUACUGAGCCAUCUCCCCAGCCCCCUUACUGCUUGAUUUAAAAAGUGUUCUGGUUGCAUGGAGUGAUGCCACACUGUGGCCCUGAUGCAAGGGGCAGGUUUGGCCCACGGUCAGCCAUGUUGAUUAUUACUUUGUCCUCUUGCCACCUCUGCUUUGAGAAUUCAUGAGAUCUCUGGCUGUAGCUGGCCUUGCACCUGGCUACCUACUAAGAAAAACACACUGUCCUCCUAGCUCAGUGUUCAGUCUGGUUAGAACUAGGAGACUCUUGACCCACAGAAGAAGGGAAGGGUGAGGACAACAGUUUAUGGGUGUUACUACUCUCCAGCACCGCUCAGCCUGAUAAUGCAGAGGGAUCUGUACAUUCUCGACCUGUGUUCUCACAGAUACCUAAACUUAUUUCUAGCAUCAGGGUACAGUCUCCUUGUGGUGAGGAAAUCAAAGGUUCUAGAAUUUUUAAACACAUGUUGGACACAGAUAAUUUCACAGAUACAACUAGCACUGGCACAGAAAGCCACAGAACCUAAACAUGCUCCCAACAGACUAUUGGAACUUGCCAAAUGCAUGCUAACAGUAGUUUCCUGGUGCCAAGGCCCGCCCCACCUGUGUCCAGGAGGGUGUUCAGCAGGUCAGCCUCAUUAUUUUCCUGGAUGAUGUUUCCCAGCCUCUGGAUGGCUGGGCUUAUGGGAGGGUGGUGGUGGUGGGUUGAACCCUCCUUAUUGCUUUCCUGGAAAGGGACACGGGGAGAUGGAAAUACAGAUUGUGUGCCCA